AUGCCUGCCAUGACGCACCUGAUCAACCCACCUCCGGUGCUCCUGCCCCCGAAAAUGCCACUGCACCUCUCCAACUUCCUCCCCUUGCUCUUCCUAGUCCUGCUGCACCUCUGGCUGCACUACCGUCAACCCCUCCCGUACAUGGACGAGCUCUUCCAUAUCCCACAAGCGCAAGCCUUCUGCCGCUCCCUCCGCGUCAAAACCCUCCCGGCCUACGACCCCGCCAUAACCACGCUCCCGGGCCUCUACCUCCCCCCCGCCGCGCUUCACUUCUUCACUUCCGGUCGAAUCCCAUGCUCCCCGCGCGUCCUCCGCAUCACCUCCCUCCUCGCAGCCGCCCUCGCUCUCCCACUCCUCUCCUCCCUCCUCACAGCCCUCCGCGCCCGCGCGCGCCGCGCCGCCCGCCCGGACCCGUCCCACGCCGUCGCGAUCUGGCUCCACCCCGUCGCCCUCUUCUACGCUCAGCUCUUCUACACAGACCCUCUGGCGCUCCUCGCCCUCCUCCUCGCGCAUCUCUACGCCCUCCGUGCCGCGCAUCUCCGGGCCGCCUCCUUCGCCUUCUUCGCCGCGCUCACGCGCCAGACCAACAUCGUCUGGCACUUUUACCUCGCCGCCGACGCCGCCAUCCCGCUCCUCGUGUCUCGCUGCACCCAGAACAAGCCUCUCUACACCUCUGUCCGCAUACUCCUCCCUCUCCUUUGGCCGCACGCGCUCACCGCGUGCGUUUACCUCACCUUCCUCGUCCUCAACGCCGGCCCGGCCCUCGGCGACAAGGCCCACCAUGCGCCCACAGCCCACUGGGCAAUGCUUCCUUACUUCCUCGGAUUCCACGCCGCCUCGUAUCUCCCGUUUCAGUUGCUUGAACCGCGCGAGCUUGUCGCCCAGGCUACUAUCCUGCGCCGCUCCCCCGCUUUGCGGGCUGGCGCGCUAUCCGUCUGCGCCGUGCUGGCCGCCAUGAUUGUUGCUACGGGUGACCAUGUGCAUCCGUUCACGCUCGCGGAUAACCGGCACUUCGUGUUUUAUGUGUACCGCAAGUGGCUCUUGCGCGCCCCGUGGAGAAAGCUGGCGUUGCUGCCACUAUACGUGUGGGGGGCCAUCGGGCCGGUGCUGGAGCUGGAGAUGCGCCGGCGAGGGGACGGAGGGGUAGAAGGGCAGGUGCGGGACGAGGGGGAGGCGAUGCGCACCUUUUACGUUGGUGAGUAUGUCAGCGACGCGCUGCUAGUGCUGUGCGCGGCCGCCAGCCUCGUGCCGUCGCCGUUGCUGGAGCCGCGGUAUUUUGUUGUCGCCUCCACACUGUGGUCCAUGCGCAGGAUGGCGAGGCGGGCGGCCGACUUUCCGGCGUGGGGGAUGUGCGGCGUCGCGGCCGCGCUGGCGGUCGUCAACGUGGGCUUGGUGUAUGUGUUUGCGGAGAUGCCAUUCGAGAGACCCGUUGAUGCACACAUGCCAAACGAUUCGUCUCCCGGGAGAUUCAUGUUUUGA